GAUGCCAGGAGGAGGAAAGGAAAGAGACUAUUGAAUGUUGUGAGCUGAGUUCAGGUUGAAGUGAGGACCUGGUGAGCACAGGGUCACUGCCCGCAAAAGGGAGGAGUAAUAGGCUGAGCCAUGGUAGGUGGCCUGGUGGGUACUUCCUGGGAAUGGGCGGGGAGACAGAUGAGAACGCUAUUGGAGUACAGGCACAAGUGCUACUGAAAUGCAAAUCUGUAGAUCUGGAAAUGGUCUGGCCCUGGGCUUGAAGCUUAGGCCGAGAACUGUGUAUCCUUACUGUAUCUUCAGCUCACUCUAACCCUUAUGGAGGUUCUCAAGUCACUCAAGACGACUGGCCAAUCAGAUCCUUCAAUGGACCUGCCAAUCAGAAGAGAAGGCGGGCUUUUCCGGGUGUCUUGUUGCAGGAUUCGCUUUGCCGCUAAGCCUUCUUAAAUGGUCCUGGCUGCUGUGCUUUGUGUCCUGCGGUUGGAUUCUGUGCGGCAUGCUCAGGCAAGCUCCACAGUUGCGACAUGGUGAGCACAUUGUCACGGCAAACAAAGGGGAUGCAUUGACCUAUGAUGAUGUACAUGUGAACUUCACCCGAGAAGAAUGGGCUUUGCUGGAUCCUUCACAGAAGAGUCUCUACAAAGAUGUGAUGCAGGAGACCUACAGGAACCUCACUGCUAUAGGUUACAAUUGGGAAGACCAUACUAUUGAAGAACAUUGUCAAAGUUUCAGAAGACAUGGAAGGUAAUUUUCAUGUGCAAGUUGGUAUGAAUAUGCCUCUGAAGAAAUGUUAGUAUGUCCUCGAACUUUUAAAGAAACGCAACAGUAUAAAAAGAAAAGCACUUCUUUAAGUGUAUUGAUUAUUAAAUUCUCACAAAUCCAUGUACCUCAAUAUCAUGUGUCUCACUUGAAAGAAGAGAAGGAAACAAUGCCUUAACAAAUAUUACCAUUUGAAUCAUAGCCACAUUAGAGCUACUCUGUAUACCUGCCAAUCUGUUUAGUCUCAUAACACAUAGACACACACACACACACACACAGAGAGAGAGAGAGAGAGAGAGAGAGAGAGAGAGAGAGAGUAGGUGAUAAGUUUAUGUUUCUAAUAGGCAAAUAUAUCAUAGUAAUUACUCAUAUAGUUACAUUGUUAAGUUUAAGUGAGAGGGACAGUUUAUGAGAGUCAAGAAUGUUUUUGAAGAGAAAACUUAAUUCUUAUACCAUAUGUCUAUCAUGAACAAAAAAUCAAACUGUAUGAAUGAUGCAAUGUGGAAAUAUUUCAUUUGUUAUUUUAACAGGUAUAUUCUGUGUCACAAUGGAUACAAGCCAUGUGAGCACAAGGAUAUUGAAAGGAGCAAUGCCCUCUACCCCCAGAACAAUUAAGAUAUAUGUAGCAGUCCACAUUUGAGCAGACUUUCUCAGUGUGAUACAAGUUUAUAAUUAGUUGGUUUCCCAACUUCAUUGGGAAUAUAUCCAUAAACUCACAUAGCAGAAAAUCCCUAGGAAUACUAGGAUUGUGGAAAUCGCUUUCUGUUUGUCCUGGUUCACUUGGCCGAUAUGCUAUGCAAAUGUAGUGUAUUUCACAAUAAAGGAAAACAUAUGAAUGUACUCAGUGUGGUAAAGCUCUGAGCUCUUCCAUUUCUCUUCAAAUAUAUGAGAAAUCUCAUAGAGCAAAAGGAUGGUACAAAUGUGAGCCAUGUAAUAACACUUUUACCAACCCAUAGUCUAUGGGAAACCAUGAGUGUAAACAAAGUGAUACAACCUUAAGAUGUGAUUCUUCUUUACAAUUAGACCAAAUUAUAAAAUUAAUUUCCAUUUAUUAGAUUCAUUAGUUUAGUGAAUGUGGUAAAGCUUUCCCAUGUGCCAUCUAUCUAUCUUUGCAGGCAUGAAAGAUGUCAUACAGGAGAGAAGCCCUCCGAAUAUACUCAGUGUGGUAUAGCCUUUGCACAACAUAGUCAUCUCCAAAGACAUAAUAGCACACAUACUGGAGAGAAACUCUGUGAAUGUAAGCCACGUGAUAAAGCCUUUACAUACGAUUCUCAGCUUCAAACUCUUGAAAGGAUUCAUACUGAAGAAAAAUCCUACAAAUGUAAUAAAUGUGGUAAAGCCUUUGAACGUCGUUGUAAUCUUGGAAGGCAUAAACUAAUACAUACUGGAAGAAAAUCCUACAAAUGCAAUCUGUGUGGUAAAGCAUUUGCACGACACAGUCAUCUCAAAAGGCAUGGAAGAACACAUACUGGAGAGAAACCUUACGAAUGUGAUCAAUGUGGUAAAGCCUUUGCAUCUCAUAGUUAUCUCCAAGUACAUAAAAGAAUACAUACUGGAGAGAAGCCCUAUGAAUGUGAUUGGUGUGGUAAAGCCUUUAUACGUUGUAGUCAUCUCCAAGUACAUAAGAGAAUACAUACUGGAGAGAAGCCCUAUGAAUGUAAUCAAUGUGGUAAAGCCUUUGCAUCUCAUAGUUAUCUCCAAGUACAUAAAAGAAUACAUACUGGAGAGAAGCCCUAUGAGUGUGGUUGGUGUGGUAAAGCCUUUAUACGUUGUAGUCAUCUCCAAGUACAUAAGAGAAUACAUACCGGAGAGAAGCCCUAUGUAUGUGAUCGGUGUGGUAAAGACUUUGUAGUUCAGAAUGAUCUUAGAAAACAUAAAAGAACACAUACUGGAGAGAAACCUUACAAAUGUAAUGAAUGUGGUAAAGCCUUUGUAUGUAACGCUAGUCUCCGAACACAUAAAGCAACACAUACUACAGUGAAACCUUAUGAAUAUAAGAAAUUUAGUAAGUUCUUUGCCUCUCAUGAUCAACUUUGACAACAUGAAAGAAUUGAUACUGUAGAGAAACCUCACAAAUGUAGUCAAUGUUGUAAAGCCUUUUCACGAUCAAGCCAUCUCCAACUACAUAAAAGAACACAUACAUACUGAAGAGUAACCCUAUGAAUUCAACCAAUGUAGUAAAGCCUUUACUGUGAUCUUCAAAGGUAUGGUGGUUUAAAUAUACUUGGCCCAUGGCAAGUGGCAGUGUUAGGAGGUAUGGCCUUUUUGGAGUAGAUGUGGCCUUUGAGGAAGUAUGUCACUGUGGAGGGGGGAUGGGCUUUGAGACCCCAUGCUUAAACUCUGCCCAGGGCAGAAGAAUCUUCUGGCUGCCUUCUGAUCAAGAUGUAGAACUGUCCUCCAGCACCAUGUCUGCUUGGUGACAGACAUUCCUUCCACCUUGAUAAUAGACUGAACCUCUGAAUCUGUAUACCUCCCCUCCCCCCAAUUAAAUAUCCUUUCUAAGUGUU